AUGGCAGCGGAGCCCGCGGACCUGAGCGGGGCGAGCGAGCUGGUGCCAGAUCGUUUAUAUUUUGCUACUUUAAGGAAUAGACCCAAAAGCACAGUUCAUAUCCACUAUUUCUCCAUCGACGAGGAGCUGGUCUAUGAAAAUUUCUAUGCAGAUUUCGGACCCCUGAACCUGGCCAUGGUGUACAGAUACUGCUGCAAGCUGAACAAGAAGCUGAAGUCCUACAGUUUGUCAAGAAAGAAAAUAGUGCAUUACACCUGCUUCGACCAGCGGAAAAGAGCAAACGCAGCGUUCUUGAUCGGUGCCUACGCCGUCAUCUACUUGAAGAAGACUCCGGAAGAGGCCUACAGGGCGCUCCUGUCCGGCUCCAACCCCCCCUACCUUCCAUUCAGGGACGCUUCCUUCGGAAACUGCACGUACAACCUCACCAUCCUCGACUGCUUGCAGGGAAUCAGAAAGGGACUGCAACACGGAUUUUUCGACUUCGAGACGUUCGAUGUGGACGAGUACGAGCACUACGAGCGCGUGGAGAACGGAGACUUCAACUGGAUCGUGCCGGGGAAGUUCCUAGCCUUCAGCGGCCCACACCCCAAAAGCAAGAUUGAGAAUGGGUACCCCCUCCACGCCCCCGAGGCCUACUUCCCCUACUUCAAGAAGCACAACGUGACGGCCGUGGUGAGGCUGAACAAGAAGAUCUACGAGGCGCGGCGCUUCACGGACGCCGGCUUCGAGCACUACGACCUGUUCUUCACCGACGGCAGCACGCCCAGCGACAGCAUCGUGCGCCGCUUCCUGAGCAUCUGCGAGAGCACCGAGGGCGCCAUCGCCGUGCACUGCAAAGCCGGGCUGGGCAGGACGGGGACGCUGAUCGGCUGCUACAUCAUGAAGCACUACCGGUUCACGCACGCCGAGGUCAUCUCCUGGAUCCGGAUAUGCCGGCCCGGCUCCAUCAUCGGGCCCCAGCAGCACUUCCUGGAGGAAAAGCAAGCGUCGCUGUGGGUCCAAGGAGACAUCUUUCGAUCCAAGUUGAAAAGCAGACCGUCCAGCGAGGAGAGUAUUAAUAAAAUUCUUUCGAGCUUGGAUGACCUGUCCAUCCAUGGAAACAUAUCCCAAACCCAGAACCUGGAGCGGCUCGGAGAGAAUAACCCGGAAGAGGAUGAGGACGUGGAGAUGAAGAACAGCAUCACCCAGGGAGACAAACUACGUGCCUUAAAGAGCCAGCGCCAGCCGCGCUCCUCGCCGCCCUGCGCCUUCCGGUUGGAGGACCUGAAGGGGCCCCCGAGGGCAGUGGUGUCCCAGCCUGUCAGAUUGGCCUCCUCCGCACAGGGCUCCGCGUCCACGCUGAAGAUCUGCAAAGUGGCCUCCCCCCCGUCCGCCACGGUCAAGCGCAUUGCCAGGGGCUCCCUGGCCUCGGGCGCCAGUCUGAGAAGCUUCUCGGUGAAUUCGCGGCUGGCCAGCUCGCUGGGGAACCUGAGCGUGUCCUCCGAGGACCCCGACGGCAGGCGGGCCUCGCCCUGCAAGGUGGGCUACGCCGCCAGCCCCUUCGCCAACCUCAACGGCAGCUCUCCGGCGCCCCCCCGGACCUACCCUGAGCUCAACAACAACCAGUGCGGCCGCAGCCCCCCGGGCAGCCCGCGGGGCCCCCCCAGCGCCAAGACGGAGGAGCCGGGCCCCCGCCCCGCCGCCCCCGGCUCCCGGGCCUCCUGCACUGGCCUGUCCUCCUCGUCGGCCCGCUUCCUGAGCCGGUCCAUCCCCUCCCUCCAGUCUGAGUACGUCCAUUACUGA